UGUCUGAGCGCUGCGCUGCUGCUUCUGGGCGCCGCGACCCGCGCCCUCCUCCCGGAAUCUGAAAACAGGGCCCUGGGCUCUGGCUGGCUUGGUGGAAAGAAGAGGAGUCCCCUGCAGAUGCUGUAUGACCUAGACCAGGUAGGUGGACAGACACCCAACCUGGGACCCCUCCCUCUGUCUCCAGACAUAGGAACCCUAGAGCCCCAAUGUAGAUCUACAGUCAUGGGACUGGAACCCACAUUGGGGACAGACCGGCAUCCUCUGCAAAUCCAGUGCGGCCGCCACACUCGCCGGCAGCGCCUGCUGCAGCCCGAGGACCUGCGGCACGUGCUGGUGGACGACGCCCACGGCCUGCUCUACUGCUACGUGCCGAAGGUGGCCUGCACCAACUGGAAGCGCGUGCUGCUGGCGCUGAGCGCCCCCGGGGGCGCAGACCCGCAAGCCAUACCCGCGCACGAGGCGCACGCGCCGGGCCGCCUGCCCUCCCUGGCCGACUUCAGCCCCCCGGAGAUCAACCGGCGCCUGCGCGCCUACCUGGCCUUCCUCUUCGUGCGCGAGCCCUUCGAGCGCCUGGCCUCCGCCUACCGCAACAAGUUCGCGCGGCCCUACAGCGCCGCCUUCCAGCGGCUGUACGGCACGCGCAUCGUGCGGCGUUUCCUGGCCUACCUGCUGGACCCGCGCACGCGCCGCGACGAGCCGUUCAACGAGCACUGGGAGCGCGCCCAUGAGCUCUGCCACCCGUGCCGCCUGCGCUACGACGUCGUGGGCAAGUUCGAGACCCUGGCGGAGGAUGCGGCCUUCGUGCUGGGCCUGGUGGGCGCGCCCGGCUUGCGCUUCCCCGCGCCACCGCCCCGGGCCAAGGCAGCCGCCUCCCAGGCCCAGGCCGUGCGCCUCUUUCAGGACAUCAGCCCCUUCUACCAGCGGCGCCUCUUCGACCUCUACAAGAUGGACUUCCUGCUCUUCAACUACUCCGCCCCCUCCUACCUGCGGCUGCACUAGCCCGCAGUGCCCCCAGCCUGGCACACUGCGGAGGCUCGAGGCUACGGGCGGGGCCCGAGAGUGGGAGUUUCUGACCGGCCCGGGACCCCAC